AUACAGAGCCGCCCGCUUGAUCGAGUUUACUCUUCUAAAGAGCUUCUGGAGGCAAAUACUAUUACAGUCAACACGCCACAGCUGACUUAUUAUCUCAUGCAAAUCUGCUGCAAGUGCUGAACUUUCCACCCUGUGUGUGUGUGUUUAGGAGGAGAACCUCACACACACGUCCAGCUGCUUUCACAUAAGAAUCGGUUUGUCAGCCUCAGCUUUAUCACACCUGCACCAUGAGGAAAGGCUCCUGUUGCAUGUUCUCGUCCGGAGUCAUCGGCGCUCUUCUCCUGGUCUCGGGAAUCGCCCUGUUUGUGUCCGGUGUUUUCCAGACCUUUAUCCACAACAAGCUGAAGAGGGAGAUCACGCUGACAGAAGGCAGUAAAGUUUUUGCCACAUGGAAGAAUCCUCCGCCUCCAGUCUUCAUGCAAUUCUUCUUCUUCAACGUCACCAACCCUGACGCCUUCCUGACGGGAGAAGCCAAACCUCGCCUCACUGAGAUGGGGCCGUACACCUACAGAGAGUACAGGCCCAAACACAACGUGUCGUUUGUGGAGAACGGGACGAAGGUCGCCGCUUAUACACCCAAAUAUUUCGUCUUUGUGCGUGAGAAGUCUGUGGGAGACCCGAGUGUGGAUAUGGUGACGACCGUGAACAUCCCAGCAGUGGCCGUGAUGAAUCGGAUCAAAGGCAUGGGGUUCUGGGUGUCCUCGGGCAUCUCCAUUUACAUGGGCUCCAUCGGCACCACCAUGUUCAUGACACACACUGUGGACGAGCUGCUGUGGGGCUUCAAAGACCCGUUGCUCACUCGCCUGCGCACCAUAAAGCCUGACACCGACGAGAACUUCGGCCUCAUGCUCAAUAAGAACGGCAGUGAUGACGGAGAGUUUGUGUAUCACACCGGAGAGCAGAACUACCUGGACUUCGGACGCAUUUACACCUGGAAGGGACAAAAGAUGCUGUCCUUCUGGAAGACCAACCAGAGUAACAUGAUCAACGGCUCCGACGGCAGCAGCUUCCACACGUUCCUGACCAAAGAAGAGCGACUGAACGUCUUCACUCCCGACCUCUGCAGGUCGAUCCACAUGCGCUUCGAGAAGGAGGUGGAGGUGAAGGGAAUCCCAGCGUACCGCUUCACUCCUCCUCGAGCCGUGCUCGCCAGCGGGAAGAACAACCCGGACAACGAGGGCUUCUGCCUCACGCCCAAUAAGUGCCUGGACGACGGUGUGCUGGACGUGUCUGUGUGCCGCAAAGGUGCUCCUGUAGUCAUGUCUUUCCCUCACUUUCAUCUGGGUGAUGAGAAGUACGCCAAUGCCAUCGAGGGUAUUUCUCCUGUCCACGAGCAUCAUCAGGCCUUUCUGGAUCUGAACCCUACUAUGGGAAUGCCCGUUCGUGCCAUGAAAAGAGCUCAGAUCAACAUUCAUCUCGACAGAAUAUCUGGCUUUCCUAUGACCAAGAGUCUCAACGGCACUAUCUUCCCCAUCGUGUUUGUGAACGAGUCGGUGGUUAUUGACGAUGCUUCGGCUGCGAGGAUUCAGAAGCUUCUGCUAAUCGUGACUCUAGUCUCUCAUUUUCCUCUUAUCAUCAUCGCUCUGGGAGUCAUCCUACUCUUAGUCUCUAUCAUCCUGGCCAUACGCUUCUAUCAAAACAAGACUGAAGUGAAGCAUUUUGAUUUCGCUGAGGCUUUCCGCUGUGCUCCUCCAUCCGCAAAGAAAGACACAUCAUAUGCACCUGUGAGUGGCAAAGUGGACGAUCAAGACGAGAAGAAUGGAAUGUUUAUCGGCAUGACAUCCGUGGACAAGUCCUAAACUGCUGAAGAGUGUGUGUGUGUGUGUGUGUGUGUGUAUUGGAGUGUGUGUGGGAGAGUGUGUGUCGGAGUAUGUGUGUGUAUGUGGUCACAGAUGCUGUCUAACAAGCACUAUCAGUAGUUUGUUGAGUGGUGUGUGUCAGUCACACACUGACUCUUCCUCAGGACUAAAGCCGAUUGGAAACGGGCAUCUUGAUGAACCCGUUGAAGAGUGUCUAUACACACACACUUCAGGGUCCUUUGUUUAGUUACAUAUUUAAACACUUUAAGCAACACUGAAGCUGCUGUAAGUGAUUUUUAGGAGGUUCACACACACACACACACACACACACACACACUACUCUCGCUGUCCCUCUCCGUCCUCUCGCUCUGGACAAGUGUAUGUGUGUGUGUUAGUGGGCGGAGUUUGAUACAGAGGCCAUGUGUAUCUUUUAGUGGGCGUGGUUUGACACACAGGGCGUGUGUAUCUUUUAGGGGGCGGGGUUUGACACAGACGGCAUGUGUAUCUUUUAGUAGGCGGGGUUUGACACAGAAGGCGUGUGUAUCUUUUAGUGGGUGGUGUUUGACACAGAGGGCGUGUAUAUCUUUUAGGGGGCGGGGUUUGACACAGAAGGCGUGUGUAUCUUUUAGUAGGCGGGGUUUGACACAGAAGGCGUGUGUAUCUUUUAGUGGGUGGUGUUUGACACAGAGGGCGUGUGUAUCUUUUAGGGGGCGGGGUUUGACACAGAAGGCGUGUGUAUCUUUUAGUGGGUGGUGUUUGACACAGAGGGCGUGUGUAUCUUUUAGGGGGCGGGGUUUGACACAGAGGGCGUGUAUAUCUUUUAGUGGGCGGGGUUUGACACAGAGGGUGUGCGUGGUUGAAGUCAAUAAAGCUCCUGAAAUCACUUGCAGCACCUUUAACAUUUAAACACUAUGUUGACUGAGUUUCACAACUUCUGAAGGCCAAACAAAAGCAACGUUAUAUUUGUGUUACUGAAUGGUCGGUUCACACAGGAGAUGCGUUCAGAAACACCUGGUAGUUUUACUUUGACAUGGCAAGCUUAUCCCGAAUUUCCACCAACAGCGGAAGGGCUGCAGAUCCGCUCAGGAACGGCGGCAGAGUAAAUAGGUUUCCGCUAAAGUCAAAGUGUGCAUUUUCACUGAUUGCGGAACGGCUGCGUGCGUUCCGACUCCGUCCCAGCUCUGGAGACCGCAGCCCAGAUACGCAGAGUUUCUAUUUUCGCCGGAUGCCGGAGAGCGCCGCAGGAAGUCGAGCACAGAAACUAAAUAAAACAUUCGGUAAUUUCCAAAAUAAAAAUAUAGUUUUCCCUUUUCCAACAAGAACAAUAGUUAACUUUAUUUACACAACCUACUUUCACAAUACAUUCAAAAAGGAACCCAAAUAAACAUUUAGCAUUUUAAAAGUCGAUUAGUUAAUUUUAAAUAUUGUACUAGAAUCACAAUAAUUACCACAAAAAAGGGAGAUCAGCAGGUACACAUAGGCUAGUCCCCUGUGCUUCUCUAGAUGGAAACAAACUAUUGCUGAUUUUGUGGUUCUGUUUAUAGAAACUACAUCCUGUUAUAUCGCGCGAUCAAAUGUAAAUUUGCGAGAUACCGUGUGUCCUCGUGACUUCAGCUGUCAGUCAUGCCUGCA